GCAGUUGUUUUAGCUUAGCAACUCCUGCUUGAGGACUGCCUACUUUUGGAAGUUUCUAGCAGCAGGAGAAACAUCUGCCCCCUGAUCUGAGAUCUGUUUCUGGACUCACCGGACCGGCUGUAAUGGUGGUCUCUUCGCAGCUGAACGAGCGCUUAUAGAGCCAUGCUUAGGGUUUCAGGAGAUAUUUUUAUGUGUUUCUUAGUUUGAAAAGAAUAAUUUAAUACACUAGAGCUGCACUGGUCAUCAGACUGACCGCUGGUCAUGUUUGGGUGUCUAGUUGCAGGCAGAUUGGUCCAGACCGACGCCCAGCAGGUCGCUGGUGAUAAAUUUGUCUUCAACCUGCCGGACUAUGAGAAUGUGAACCACGUGGUGGUCUUCAUGCUGGGCACAGUGCCUUUUCCUGCUGGCAUGGGAGGUGCUGUUUACUUCUCCUUCCCUGACCCCAGUGUGGGGCAGGUGUGGCAGCUCCUGGGCUUCAUCACCAACGAAAAGCCAAGUGCCAUCUUUAAAAUCUCUGGCCUCAAAGCUGGUGAGGGAGGAACUCAUCCGUUCGGGAUGAUGGCUGCCCCGCAGGCCGCCUCAGUGGCUCAGGUCGGGGUUUCAGUUGAACCUCUCGACCAGCUCGCUCAACAGACUCCAGUUUCCAAUGCAACCGUCUCCACCAUGGAUUCCUUCACGCAGUUCACCCAGAAGAUGUUGGAGAGCCUGUACAACUUCACCUCCUCCUUCGCUCUGACACAAGCUCAGAUGAUGCCAAACCCCACGGAAACCUAUGUUCCGGCCAGCUCCAUCCUCAAGUGGUAUGAAAACUUCCAGAGGCGAAUGGUGCAGAAUCCGAACUUCUGGAAGACAUGACGUGCUUUAUUAAACAAAGCUCUUAAAUGAAGAGAGUAGAAGAAAAUUGUGAAUUCAUAUCAUCAUUUGGAUUGAAACCUCUUACUUAAGAAUAAGAUGAAUAUCAGUAUAGCCCAUGAAUGAAUUUUAUGGAACAGAAAAGUAAAUACAGUGUUACUGAAAUAUGUUUGCAGUUUUAAUGCAGUGGAUGCCGACCGGCUGCUUCCGGGUUCGCCAGCUGAAGACGACUUACAGACUUUUCAUACAAAAUGGCUGACAUUUAUAAUGUAGUUAUAAAAUGCAGCUCUUCAUAUGUCUAUCUCCUCUGUAAGUUUUUAUUUUUAUUGCUUCAUGUCUAUGAUAAAGAUCAGAAAAGUAGUUGAAAAAAAUUGAUAACAGCUUUUGUUUAUCUGAUGUAUGACCAUUAAUUGUGAAGUAACAAAAGUGAAUGAACAAUUUUCUUUUCUUGA